UUAGAACUGCUGUUAAAAUGUCGGUGUCAGCUGUCAAAACUGUAAUGUCAAAAACGAUGGCACGAGUUUGUUAUUAUUUACAUUUUACAUAAAUGUAAAUUAAUACUUUAAUUUAUAAUUAUGAGGUUUUGCGUAACAAACCUGCGAUUUCUACGUGGCGGCGGUAUAGAUUUACUAAAUUUAUUUAAAGUACCGUGGAGAAAAUAUCACGACAUACCGUUUAUAGACUUUUAUAAGAAAACUACAGGACACACAAUAUCUCAAGAUUAUUUACAAGUCUUAAAAAAGAGGCACCCACACAUAGACGAAAUAACACAGGACCGAUUACAAUGUACUCUGCAAAUAUUAGAAAAGUUCAAUAUUACUCCGGAAGAGGCUUGCAACAACCUUCAUGUUUUCAGUAUGAACCCCAUCACUAUGGAUAACUACGCUGAAAUAUUAAAAGAAUGUGGCUUUGUUACAAUAUCUCCACAACAUAUUAUCAAGUACCACACGUUUGUACAACACCGAAAAAUAAUACAAUUGAAAAAAGAGGGUUUGCUUCCACCAAACAUGGAAUUAGAACAAUUUAUAUUAGACAAAUUUCAAGAAUGGCCCGACAGUUGUAAGAGUUUACAGAAGUUUCCAGAUUCCACCUCAACUAUUUUAACAAUUCGUGUAAGUAUUUUGGAGAGGUUCUUACAUUGGAAGUUAUCAGUAACACCGGAACAAUUUGAAAAAUACUGUAGAAACUACCUGCCUUUGAAACAUAGGCCAAUGUCAGACAUCCAAGAAGCCAUCAGUAUAGCGCAGAAUAAAAUUAAGUUUGACAAUGAAGGAAUUAAAAGAAACGGUUUUAUUAUAUCUGCUGAUCCUAUGCAUACAAAGCUUAUACUGGAGAAUGUAGGCAGUAUUGCAGGUUUGGAUAUUUGCGACGCUUUAAAAAAAGAACCGGCCAUUUUGAAGAAUAACUAUAAUUCAAUUAUUCAAGUUAGGAAUGUAUUAGAGGAAUACAGAAUAUCAGACGAAGCUCAAAGACGUUGUUUGAAGGUUUUCUGCAUGCGCCCGGAAACUGUUAGAGAGCGUCUCGAAGAAUUUACUAAUUUAAAAGAAUACCAAGUAUUAAAAACAAAUCCUAGGAUCCUCUUCCUGGUAAUACAUAAGAAGAAAAUGAUGAACCGCCUAACCAAGAUGCAGACUGCAAAAAAACAGUGUUUCAGUCUUAAUCAUUUAGUGUCGUCAACCAAAAUAUUUGAAAAUUACAUAAGCAGUUUUGGCGACAAAGUCUGCGGGAGAGAUAUAGCAAUAAUAAUAUCAUCGUCGCUAAGCAAACUGCCAUCUGUGAACAACAGCGUUUCUCUUGAGCAAAGCAUAUUAAUCCAGCUGAGACGACACAAGUACUGGCUGCAUGUAGCUAUGACCUCCAUCGACGAAACCCUGACGUUUCUCAAGAAAAAGUUCGAUGAUCAAACUAUUUUUAAUAAUUGCCAGAUUGUUUUAUAUCCAAUGUCGGUAGUACAACACUACAUAGACAACCUGCUAAAUAAACGUAAACACAAAAAUGAUAAUGACGAGUCCAACACUGAUUUACAUUACAACUACUUGAAUAUAGACAGCCUGACUGACGAUCAGAUUCUAAGUCUGGUGCUAUAUGAAAUUGAGAAGAAGUACCAUUUUAGUGGAGACGGUAUCUGGUCUACUCAGGAAGCAAUGAAAGUAAACUCACAAACCGUAUGACGGGAUUUUUAAAAUGCAGUGAUUCGAAAUCAUUGAAGGCUGCAUUUUUUUAUUACAACUGAUCGACAGUGUUAAAACAAAAAUCAUUGUCAGUUAGUUUUUUUUUAUUUGUAAAGAUUUCCAAUGCUCAAUCCUGAAACUUUGAUGUUGGCUCGGUUCAGUAGUUCUUAUUUUAAAUGUUUGAGGUAGGCGUCCUCCUCCAUGGUUCAUACCUGUUAAUAAGUUUGAUGUGGCCUGUUCAAUAUAAUGUGAAUUGGUUUAUAAGGGUUCCUAACUCUAUUACAAGGGCUCGUCUGUCUGUCAACAGGCUGUACCCAGACAGUUCAGAUGUUCAUAGUUGAUCCUAUUUGGAGAAAAAUAGACAGCAUAGUAACAGUUAUACCAUCAGAAAGAUGGCUGUCUAUGGAUGGCUCUCACAUAACCUUUAGUGUUGCUAGUCCAACUUGAUUUUAUUAGUCAUUAGUAACCUGAGUCAAAUGCAGAUAAAUUAAUGUUGAAUUGUGUAAAAAAUGUAUAUAAAUAAUGUACACAAAAAUAAAAAAAACUCAUUAAGCACA